GUUUGAACCUUUUUAUUGCGAGAGAUUGAGUUACACUGAAGGGACCGCAAGCAACAUUUCAUUCUCGCAAAUAUCGCCCGGCAAGCGGACGGACGGACUUCCUUUCAGGAUGGAGAUGGAGGCCAUGGCGUCGGCGAUCGGAGUAUCGGUGCCGGUCUUCCGGUUCCUCAUCUGCUUCCUGGCGACCUUGCCAGUGAGCUUCCUGUGGCGCGUCGUCCCCGGUGGUCCGCCCGUCAGACACCUCUACGCCGGCGUGUCCGGCGCCGUCCUCUCCUACUUCUCCUUCGGCUUCUCCUCCAACGUCCUCUUCCUGGUCCCCAUGCUCCUCGGCUACGGCUCUAUGCUUCUCUACCGCCGUCGAUGUGGCGUUCUCACUUUCUUCCUCGGCUUCGCUUACCUCAUUGGCUGCCAUGUUUACUACAUGAGUGGGGAUGCUUGGAAGGAAGGGGGCAUUGAUGCUACUGGUGCCUUGAUGGUGUUAGUACUAAAAGUUAUUUCGUGUGCUAUAAAUUACAAUGAUGGGUUGCUGAAAGAGGAAGACUUGAGUGAGGCACAAAAGAAAAACCGAUUGCUUAAGUUGCCCUCACUAGUUGAGUAUAUCGGUUACUGCCUUUGCUGUGGAAGUCAUUUAGCUGGACCAGUUUAUGAGAUGAAGGAUUAUCUUGACUGGACAGAGGGGAAAGAGCUUUGGGCGCGCUCUGAGAAAGGACUUUUGCCAUCACCUUAUGGGGCCACUGUCAGAGCUCUGAUACAAGCUGGUGUCUGUAUGGGGUUGUACAUGUACCUUGUACCCCUGUUUCCAUUGUCACGGUUCUCAGAACCUGUAUACCAUGAAUGGGGCUUUUUGAAACGAUUGGGUUACCAGUACAUGUCUGGUUUUACAGCACGUUGGAAGUAUUAUUUCAUCUGGUCAAUCUCAGAAGCUGCAAUCAUUGUUUCUGGACUGGGCUUCAGUGGUUGGACAGAUUCUUCACCACCAAAACCACGGUGGGACCGUGCAAAGAAUGUUGAUAUUUUGGGUGUUGAAUUGGCAAAGACCGCAGCUCAGUUACCACUUGCAUGGAACAUACAAGUCAGCACCUGGCUACGUUAUUAUGUUUAUGAGAGGCUUAUUCAGAAGGGAAAGAGACCUGGUUUCUUUCAGUUGUUGGCUACCCAGACUGUCAGUGCUGUUUGGCAUGGUUUAUAUCCAGGAUACAUCAUAUUCUUUGUGCAGUCAGCACUGAUGAUUAAUGGCUCCAGAGUUAUCUACAGAUGGCAGCAAGCUGUUCCUCCUAAUAUGGCUCUGAUGAAGAAGAUAUUAGCGUUUCUUAACUUUGCAUAUACAAUUUUGGUGCUGAACUACUCUGCUGUUGGUUUCAUGGUGCUAAGCCUGCAGGAAACACUUGUUGCAUACGGGAGUGUGUAUUUCAUUGGGACCCUUAUUCCUGUAGUCAUUAUCCUGCUUGGUUACGUAAUUAAACCCGCGAGGCCUUCAAGAUCUAAAGCUCGGAAAGACCGGUGAGUUAGAUACCCCAUUUUCAGCGCCUGUUCGGCGUGGUUGACAAGGAACUGAAAAACAGUAGUCUCUGCUAUGCGCUGUACCUGUAUUUCUCGACUUCCAUGAAUUGUUGAGCACUCUUCAGAGUUUAACCUAUUCUAAGAGACAUUGCCACAUUGGUAUUGGUUAAGUUCAUUUGUAAUCUUCACUUCAUUUUUAUGUGUAUGUUCUGAUAUUUCAAUGCACAAUUGCCAUAUUUGACUUGUUUAACA